UUUUGAAAUAAGAAAUUGUAAAUGUUGAUGUUUAAGUUAAGAAUAAUGUUUAAAGCUAAAAACAAAAUCAGAUAAAUCCAGCAACAUACGGAUCAUUCCAGACCGCUAGGUGGCGCUGGUGCACAGAAUAGCCUGUCACUGUCCCGCAGAAGAAGAACUUCGGCUAAACCGUUGGGUUCUGAUUGGGCAGAAUCUCGUCACAUGCGAGACAAAAGUAAACAGAAGCGCCAGCCUGCAGCCAGAGCUUUUGAUCGGAGGACGGCGGAUUCUGAGCUAGACAUCGCAGCAGCUGCGGAGAUCAUGUCCUCCCUUCAGCCGGUCAGAGAGUUCAUCAGCGACAGACUAACUGCUGCCGCGGAGGAAAUCUUCAGACUCUUUGAGAAAACCGUCAGUCAGUACGAGGAGGAGCUGCGCCGCCAGCGCGGACUGCCGGAGAACGGAGCGCCGAUCCAGGUGCACGCCGUAGUCCAUCCUCACCCUCAUCACAGUACAGUAGGAGAUCUCUGCAAGCAAGUGGACUUCAGUGUGAAGGAAGAGGAACCAGAACCUCCACACAUCAAAGAGGAAUAUGAGGAGCUCUGCAUCAGCCAGGAUGAAGAGUACGUGGAUCUGAAGCAGGAGGCCGAUGCCUUAAAGGAGACUCCUACUUAUGAAGAGGAGCACAGAGAAGCAGAUCUAAACAGUCAACAGCACCUGACGGAGGAGUUAAAUGAAGAUGGGAACCAGCGUGAAGAAUCAACCACAGAUGGAGAGACGGAUCCAGAGAUGGAAGAUCCGGGGAAGAGGAGGGGCAGAAGUUACGGGGGAAAAAAUGAAGGUAUCCCUCACAUGUCAGGAAGUCGAUGGGACUUUGACUCAGAGAAACAGGAUGUUUGUGGAACCCUCCCCAAUAACUCCACUCCGACAAGGAAACAAAAGAGACCCCCAAAACCAAAGAGACACACCUGCAAAGAGUGUGGGAAAUGUUUCCGCGAUAACUGCAUCCUGAUGAGCCACAUGCGGACCCACACCGGGGACCGGCCCUUCUCAUGUACGCUCUGUGACAAAAGCUUCCCAGAGAACAGCACCCUGACCAAGCACAUGCGAACGCACACCGGCGAGAAGCCUUUUUCCUGUGAGGUAUGCGGCAAAGGUUUCCCCGAAAACAGCACCCUGACCAAGCACAUGCGAACGCACACCGGGGAAAAGCCUUAUUCCUGUAAGGAAUGCGGCAAGAGUUUUAGUCUCAGCACCAACCUGACCAAACACAUACGAACUCACACGGGCGAAAAGCCCUUCUCCUGUGUGCUAUGUGGCAAAAGCUUCAGCCAAAGUGUCACCCUGAAAAACCACAUGAGGAGCCACACCGGGGAGAAGCCCUUCUCCUGUGGCGAGUGCGGCAAAAGCUUCAAACAAAGGGGAAACCUCCGAGUCCACAUGUUGACUCACACUGGAGGAAAACUCUUCUCUUGUCAAGUUUGCUCUCAAAACUUUGGAAAAAGAGACACGCUGACGGAGCAUCUGCAAAGUCACGCCGAGACGCAGGACGGCGGUGGGCUGCCAUGUUUGGAGUGAGCAGAAACACACACGCAUGACUCCUGCACCCGUUUAAUGAGGAACAGUGAACGGGUCAUGAUGUCAUUAUAGCUCGCUGUUAGCUUCCAUGCUAUAGAAUUAGCACUUCAUAGAUGCUUGGACAUCUUUCCUAAUCUAGUCCAAGCACCAAAAGAGUCAGCCCUCGAAAACUACUUUAAUGUUUUUGAGCUUUUUAUCCCAGCGUUCAUGCAAUUUAAAAAUUAUGUGUAAAAAUAUAAUAAAAACUAUAUCAUCAUUAUUGUAGGGCCUGAGUUUGGUCAUUAGUUACUAGUACUAUGUAUUAAAUACACCAUAGAGUUAAAGACCCACUCCAAUGUAAAUUGUGUUUUUUUUUAACAUGUGCUUGUUGCAUUUUUCUCAUAAUAUAUAUAUAAA